CUUCUCCCUCCUUUUCGUGUUUCCUAGACUUUGAAGCGGCUCAUGGCAGAUGAGCUGGAGAGAUUUACCAGCAUGAGAAUUAAGAAGGAAAAAGAAAAGCCCAAUUCUGCUCAUAGAAAUUCUUCUGCAUCAUAUGGGGAUGAUCCCACAGCACAGUCGUUGCAGGACAUUUCAGAUGAGCAAGUUCUAGUUCUCUUUGAACAGAUGCUGCUGGAUAUGAACCUGAAUGAGGAGAAGCAACAACCUUUGAGGGAGAAGGACAUUGUUAUCAAGAGGGAGAUGGUGUCGCAGUACUUACACACCUCUAAGGCUGGCAUGAGCCAAAAGGAGAGUUCUAGGUCUGCCAUGAUGUACAUUCAGGAGUUGAGGUCAGGCUUGCGGGAUAUGCCUCUGCUCAGCUGCUUGGAGUCCCUUCGUGUCUCUCUCAACAACAACCCUGUCAGUUGGGUACAAACAUUUGGUGCUGAAGGCCUGGCUUCUUUAUUAGACAUCCUCAAACGACUUCAUGAUGAAAAAGAAGAAACUCCUGGAAGCUAUGAUAGUCGGAACCAGCAUGAGAUUAUUCGCUGCUUGAAAGCUUUUAUGAACAACAAGUUUGGAAUCAAGACCAUGUUGGAGGCCGAAGAAGGAAUCCUGUUGCUGGUCAGAGCCAUGGAUCCUGCAGUUCCCAACAUGAUGAUUGAUGCAGCUAAGCUGCUUUCUGCUCUCUGUAUCCUACCACAGCCAGAGGACAUGAAUGAACGAGUUUUGGAGGCAAUGACAGAAAGAGCUGAAAUGGAUGAAGUGGGACGUUUCCAGCCUCUGCUGGAUGGAUUAAAAAGUGGGACCUCCAUUGCAGUAAAGGUGGGAUGCCUACAGCUGAUCAAUGCUCUCAUCACUCCAGCUGAAGAGCUUGACUUCCGAGUUCACAUCAGAAGUGAACUGAUGCGCUUGGGACUGCACCAGGUGUUGCAGGACCUUCGAGAGAUUGAAAAUGAUGAUAUGAAAGUGCAGCUCACUGUGUUUGAUGAACAAGCAGAAGAAGAUUCCUAUGAUCUAAAGGGACGGCUAGAUGACAUUCGUAUGGAGAUGGAUGACUUUAGUGAAGUCUUCCAGAUUCUCUUAAACACUGUGAAGGACUCAAAGGCAGAACCACACUUCCUGUCCAUCCUACAGCAUCUACUGUUGGUCCGAAAUGACUACGAGGCUAGACCACAGUACUAUAAGUUGAUUGAGGAAUGUAUUUCGCAGAUAGUCCUUCAUAAGAAUGGGGCUGAUCCUGACUUCAAGUGCCGGCACCUCCAGAUUGAUAUUGAAGGAUUGAUUGAUCAAAUGAUUGAUAAAACAAAGGUAGAGAAAUCUGAAGCCAAAGCUACAGAGUUGGAAAAAAAGCUGGACUCAGAGUUAACAGCCCGACAUGAGCUACAAGUGGAAAUGAAAAAGAUGGAAAGUGACUUUGAACAGAAACUUCAGAAUCUUCAGGGAGAAAAGGAUGUGUUGGAUUCGGAAAAGCAACAAAUUGCUGUAGAGAAACAGGAACUGGAAGUAGAGAUGUCCCAGCUCACAGGAGAGGUUGCCAAGCUGUCAAAAGAACUGGAAGAUGCCAAGAAAGAAAUAGUUUCUCUGUCUGCUGCAGCUGUUGCUGUAGCUCCUUCUGUUCUUAGUAGUACUACUGUUCCCCCUGCCCCUCCUCUGCCUGGUGCCUCUGGCACUGUUAGUUCAACCCCAGCUCCUCCUCCUCCCCUUCCUGGAGUUGGUUCUAAUCUUCCACCAACUUCCCUUUUGCCUGGGAAUGUUUGUGGCAUCCCCCCACCACCUCCUUUGCCUGGGGGUGCUGGCAUCCCCCCACCACCUCCUUUGCCUGGGGGUGCUGGCAUCCCCCCACCACCUCCUUUGCCUGGGGGUGCUGGCAUCCCCCCACCACCUCCUUUGCCUGGGGGUGCUGGCAUCCCCCCACCACCUCCUUUGCCUGGGGGUGCUGGCAUCCCCCCACCACCUCCUUUGCCUGGGGGUGCUGGCAUCCCCCCACCACCUCCUUUGCCUGGGGGUGCUGGCAUCCCCCCACCACCUCCUUUGCCUGGGGGUGCUGGCAUCCCCCCACCACCUCCUUUGCCUGGGGGUGCUGGCAUCCCCCCACCACCUCCUUUGCCUGGGGGUGCUGGCAUCCCCCCACCACCUCCCUUGCCCGGAGGAGCAGGAAUACCACCUCCUCCGCCACUUCUUGGUGAUCCUGGGAUUCCUCCACCCCCUCCAUUUCCUGGAGGUCCUGGCAUUCCUCCACCUCCACCUGGAAUGGGUAUACCUCCACCUCCCCCUUUUGGAUUUGGAGUUCCUGCAGCCCCAGUUCUGCCUUUUGGUUUAACCCCUAAAAAGGUUUAUAAGCCAGAGGUGCAACUCCGGAGGCCAAACUGGUCCAAGUUUGUGGCUGAGGAUCUUUCCCAGGACUGCUUCUGGUCAAAGGUGAAAGAGGACCGUUAUGAGAACAGUGAACUUUUCGCCAAACUUACCCAUACCUUUUCUGCCCAGACCAAAACUUCCAAAGCCAAGAAGGAUCAGGAAGGUGGUGAAGAAAAGAAAUCUGUACAAAAGAAAAAAGUUAAAGAAUUAAAGGUGUUGGAUUCAAAGACCGCCCAGAAUCUCUCAAUUUUUUUGGGUUCCUUCCGCAUGCCCUAUCAAGAGAUUAAGAAUGUCAUCCUGGAGGUGAAUGAAGCUGUACUGACCGAGUCUAUGAUCCAGAACCUCAUUAAACAGAUGCCAGAACCAGAGCAGUUAAAAACGCUGUCUGAACUGAAGGAUGAGUAUGAUGACCUGGCAGAGUCGGAGCAGUUUGGCGUGGUGAUGGGCACAGUGCCACGUCUGCGACCUCGCCUUAAUGCCAUCCUCUUCAAGCUACAAUUCAGUGAGCAAGUAGAGAAUAUCAAGCCAGAGAUUGUGUCUGUCACUGCCGCUUGUGAGGAGCUGCGCAAGAGCGAGAGCUUCUCCAGCCUCCUAGAAAUUACCCUCCUUGUUGGAAACUAUAUGAAUGCCGGCUCCAGGAAUGCUGGUGCUUUUGGCUUCAAUAUCAGCUUCCUCUGUAAGCUUCGAGAUACCAAGUCCACAGAUCAGAAGAUGACAUUGUUGCACUUCUUGGCUGAGUUAUGUGAGAAUGACUAUCCUGAUGUCCUCAAGUUUCCAGAUGAGCUUGCCCAUGUGGAGAAAGCCAGUCGAGUUUCUGCUGAAAACUUGCAAAAGAACCUAGAUCAGAUGAAGAAACAGAUUUCUGAUGUGGAACGUGAUAUUAAGAAUUUUCCUGCAGCCACAGAUGAAAAAGACAAGUUUGUUGAAAAAAUGACUAGCUUUGUGAAGGAUGCACAGGAACAGUAUAACAAGCUGCGGAUGAUGCACUCAAACAUGGAGACUCUCUAUAAGGAUCUAGGCGAGUACUUCCUCUUUGACCCCAAGAAGUUGUCUGUGGAAGAAUUCUUCAUGGAUCUGCACAACUUUAGGAAUAUGUUUUUGCAAGCAGUCAAGGAGAACCAAAAGCGACGGGAGACAGAAGAAAAGAUGCGGCGAGCAAAACUAGCCAAGGAGAAGGCAGAGAAAGAGCGGCUGGAGAAGCAGCAGAAGAGAGAGCAACUCAUAGACAUGAAUGCAGAGGGUGAUGAGACGGGGGUGAUGGACAGUCUUCUGGAAGCUCUGCAGUCAGGAGCAGCAUUCCGACGGAAGAGAGGACCCCGUCAGGGCAACAGGAAGGUCGGGUGUCUUGCAUCUAUGCUACCUCCGGACCUGAUCAAGGAUGAUGUCAUAACUGCUGCUCCUGCCAAGAUAUCCAAGAACAGUGAAGGAGUCCCCACAAUCCUUGAGGAAGCCAAGGAGUUGGUUGGCCGUGCAAGUUAACCUGGGUCCCAUGGCCAAGGCAGCUCCUAAAUGGAGCCCAGACUGUCCUGCCCUGCAGCAUGUGCCUAAUGGGUUGGGGGGUAUUCUUCUAGAGUGGCCACUCCUGUCACCCUGACCCUUUCUUUCUGUCUGGCCUGCUGCUCUCAGACCAUCACGUACAUCUUCAGCUGCCUGGAGACCAAAAGGGCAGUGUGGGAGAGGCCUGAGCCCAACCCAGGCAGCCCUGGUCAUUGUGUUACCAAAGCAGGGUCUGUGUUUGCUGCCUUAACCCUGUCUCCUCUGUUACUCAGAGGGCCUUUUCUCAGACAAGGCCUGUCCUGCUUUCAGCCUGACUUUCUAGUGGGCCUUCCCUAGGUCAAUCUUGCUGGCUUUGUGCUUUUCUUCUGUGGUUUCUCUGGCCCUAAGAACAGCAUGGGGCUUAUGAACCUUUGGGCUAGAGCCCUUUUUUGUUGAUGUCACCUCUGCUUUUCCCCUAUUGGCUGUUGGUAUUUAUUACUAAUGCUGUGGCAUUGGGAGCUGCUUCUGAGGAAGCAGGGAGCAAAUCCCACCUUACCCCACCUUCCUGGGGAGGUGCUCCAAAACAAAAAGGACCUGGACCUCUCUAUUUGUGCCCUGGUUGCUGAGGCUUGAGCCCAUGGGCAAGCAACAGCAUGGGCCACCUUUCCAACGUGCUGCCGUGCUUUGUGCCCUUGCCCCCCUGAACCCUCAGUACCAGCACCCCCAGGCUCCUGAGCCAGGGUCCCUCCUCAUGCCUUCCCCAGAGCUUUGGUGCAUCUCAUUUGAAGUAUGGGCUGUAGUGCGACCAUGCUACACCUCACCCUCUGUCUCCAAGGAAAUGGGAGGUGGAGCCUCCUGGCUGAGAAAUUGUUUUGCAAAUGGAUCUAUUUUUGUACAAAAAAUUUUUUUAAAAGAAAAAUAACUUCCUUUCCCCUUCCCCGUGCAUAAUCAAAGAGGCUUUGAUACUAGAUUCAGAGCUCCUGGGAUUCUCUUCAUAGGCCUCAGUGCUGAGCAUGUCCUUGGAUCUUGGCCUCAAUAGUCAGACCCUCCAAACUCGGAGGCUAAGACAAAUCCUCCCCCAGCAUCAGUUCUGGGCAGGAGGAAUCUCUUCUGGUUGGGCUGGACCAAGACUAAGAGUAGCAGGAGCUCUGAGGCACAAGUUUUAUAAAUUUAAUAAAUUACCUAGCCAAAUGUGCAGAUGCUAACCUGGAUAUCCGGAGAAGUGCCCAGAGGUGCUCUAUACUCCAUACCCACUUCGUUCUGAAUAGUGGGCAGGCUGAACUGUUUGGUGGCCCCAACCUCAGGAAGCUCAGAUUCCCGACCUAGGGUGACACCUUUACCCUCCUAUGUCCCUUUGAGCUUCCCCUCCAGCUAAGGAGAGAAUGGCAUUGUUGAGGACUGGCCCAGAGGUACACUUGUUAGAACAAGGGGGCCUUGUGACCAGGAAGGAAGGUUCCAGUCGCUAGAACUUGUGUCUGAAGGGGCAAAGGCAGCUCCUCUGCACUAUUCCCAGGAAGACUGGUGCAGGAGCUCCAUUGCUCUCUCGGGUCACCUCCUUCCUCUUGCUCGCUGACAUCUAGGGCUUUGACCCUUUCUUUUUUAAUGUACUUUUGCUAAGAUGCAUUUAAUUUAAAAAAAAAUGGGGUUGGGGGACAAAAUUCAAACCUACUUCCCUCACCUCUUGGGCUCCUGGGAUGUCAUCACCUAUAGUUCGGUGGGUUUCCAACUGUUAAUAAAACAUUGAACAGCA